AUGGCGUCUCCGUCAACUGGCUGGCUUUCAUCACCCGGUUGUAUGUGUACCAAGCCGCGCCUAGUUUCUUCUCGGCCUUGUUCUCCGCUUACUCUGGCAUAUCCCCAACGGAACCCUAACAAGGUGUAUAGGAAUAAGAAGGUGGAGCGAGUAAUAUGCAGAGCGGAGUUUUCACAGGAAGCGCCCCUAGCGACCGCCAUUGGAGCGUGCAUCCUAAGCUCGUUUGUAUUUCCGGUGGACAAGAAGGAGGAGGAAAAAGAAGAAGAAGAAGAGAACUCUGCGAUUGUGUCGACAGAUAUGAGAUUAGCCGCCAUGGGAAUCAUCAGCUUCAUCCCUUACUUCAAUUGGCUGAGUUGGGUCUUCGCUUGGCUUGACUCGGGAAAGUCGCGUUACGCUGCGUAUGCUCUCGUUUAUCUUCUUCCCUAUUUCAGCUCAAACCUGUCCAUUUCCCCGGAAGAUAGCUGGUUACCCAUUACAAGCAUCCUUUUGGGCAUCCUUCAUGUUCAGAUUGAAGCAAGCAUUGCAAAUGGUGAUGUUCAGACCCUUGGAUCCAACUUUUCAUCUUUUGACAAACAUUCCAAGGAGAAAGACAGUGACGACUAA